CUUCACGAGCAUACCCUAGCCGCCAGCCGCUCGACACGCCCGGGACCCGUCGAAGUCCCCGCGCAACGCCGCCGUCCCUGCCUUCCCUCUCCGCCCCGCCGGGCCCUUCCGCCGGUCCGCUCCUCGCUCCAAUGCCGAAGAACCCCGCCAUGCGGCGGGCCAAGCCCGCCCGCGGCCCCGAGAAGAAGCGGCGCCACGGGCCGCGCCUCCCUACGACGAUGCGCCGGGAGCUCGACGCGAUGGGGCCAGCGCCCACCCGCGGCUCCGACGACGAGGAGGUGUCCGACGUGGGGGCCGAGGACGUGUACGAGUACGAGGAGGGGGUGCCCGAGGAGGAGGCCGGCAAGAACGGCCGCUACGACGCCGUCGCCAAGUACGAGUACGAGUUCGACAGCGACGCCUCCGAGGCGGAUGAGGAUGUGCCUUCGGAGGAAGGCGAGGAUAUGGAGGAAGAUGAAAAUGACGAUGGUGAGGAUGAGGAGAAGCAGAUAAGAAUACUUCAGGAGACGACUGGAAUGCCUAGAGAAGCCUUUGAUGGAAAGAAGAGGAAACAGCCAUUGGAGCUGCCAUUGCAGCAUGGAGAUGGACCUGUCACAAUUCAUGAUCUCCUGGAUAAUAUCCAGGGGAAGCCUGGGUAUAGCAAGGUCCGGAAGAGGCUACAGCAGCAGGAGAAAAAAACAAUGGUCAUGGCAGCCCCACUUCCAAAAGUGGAGAGGGAGAAGCUUGAACGUCGCGUGACGUAUGACACAUCCAGGGGUGAACUCACGAAGUGGGAGAGAAAAGUGAAGCACAACCGCGAAGCUCCUACGCUAUUCUUUGAAAAUGAUUCCAACUUGGGUGUGAACACUAUUGCGGCAAUUGCUAAUGAAUUUAAACCAAGGACUGAGUUUGAGAAGAGAAUUGCUGAGAUUACACGAAGCACUGAAAUAAUGGAGGCACACAAGAAUGAUGGUGCCAAAAUCCUGGAACUUAACAAGAUUGAUGUUGAAGAUGUGAGAGAACGCCAAAACCGCCUUGCAAAAAUGCGCAGCCUUCUAUUUCGUCAUGAGAUGAAAGCAAAACGUGUGAAGAAGAUCAAGUCCAGGACAUAUCACCGGAUGUUGAAGAAGGAUAAACUGAAGGCAGCAUCAGCAGAUUUUGAGGCAGAUCCUGAAGCUGCCAAAGAUUAUGCUAUGAAACAAGAAUUCAAACGCGCAGAGGAAAGGAUGACAUUGAAGCACAAGAAUACAUCGAAAUGGGCAAAACGAAUCCUCAAGCGUGGAUUGUCUGUUCAAGAUGAAGGCACACGAGCUGCUAUUGCAGCUCAACUCCAACAAAAUGCUCUUCUGACUAGAAAAAUGAAUUCCAUGAAAGAUGAUUCUAGCAGUGAGGGAAGUUCAGAUGAUGAUGAUGAUGAGAACGACUCAGAAGCAAAAAUGUUAAACAGAGGGAAAGAAAAGAUUCUCAAAGUUCUUGAAGAAGAUAAAGAGAUACCGAAUUCAGGAGUUUUCUCGUUGCCUUUCAUGGAGCGUGCUAUGAAAAAGCAGGAGGAUGCGGCUUAUGAGGAAGCACGACAAGCCCUUGAAGAAUAUGACGAUUCCUUGAGGAAAUUGGAGGAUGAUAACACUGAACAGAAUGAAGAUUUAAUUAAGGUGACAGGUAAAAGAACGUUUGGGCCUGCCAAAAAUACACACAAAAAUGUGAAUAAGAGGCAAAAACUAGAAGAAACUGAGAAUAGUGAUAGUGAGUAUGAUUCUGACCCUGCCCAACAUUUGGGCGACGAUGAAGCAACUACAAAGCAAGAUGAUAUAAAACUUGGGACUGCACUAUUGGAUGAUGAACAGAAUGAUCUUUACAGAAGCUUCGAUGAUAUCAUGAAAAAUCCAGGCCCGAAGACAACAUUUGAAGUUGGAAUGUUAGCUGGUGAUUCCUGGAAAACGGUCAAGAGUAGCAAAGGAAAUGACAAUGACAUUACCAAUAAAUCCAAAUUGCAGGCUCCUUCUAUUGUAGAUCUAAAUCCCAAGCAAUGGGAUAACAACCCUGAUUCAGAUUCAGAGGAAGAGAUGGUUGAGGGCUUCUUGACUAUCUCUGAUACAAAGGAAAGCUAUGAACUUCCAUCGCAAGCUGAACUCAUACGCCAGGCUUUUGCUGGUGAUGAUGUUGAAGCUGAGUUUGAGAAGGACAAAAUGGAAGUUUUAAAUGAAGAGAACCCUGAACCUGAAAAACCUGCUCUUGUUCCUGGCUGGGGCCAGUGGACGGACAUCCAACAGAAAAAAGGACUUCCAUCAUGGAUGAUCAAAGAACAUGAAAUUGCUAAAAGGAAUAGAGAAGAAGCCUUGAAGAGGAGGAAGGACUCAAAGCUUAAGCAUGUUAUUAUUUCUGAACAUGUGGAUAAGAAGGUUGAGAAGUAUUUAGUGAGGAAUUUGCCUUUCCCUUACACUUCGAAAGAUGUGUACGAGCAGAGCAUCCGUAUGCCUAUUGGACCUGAUUUCAACCCAGCGAUAUCAGUUUCUGCUCUCAAUCGACCUGCGAUUGUUAAGAAGCCCGGUGUUAUCAUUAAGCCAAUACAGUACGAGGAGGUUGAUCCCCAUCAGAAGCCGGAUGAACCGAAAAGGGUUAUCCAGAGAGUAACUCCAAACCAAAAUGCAAAGAAAGCCUCUUCAAAACAAUCAAAGGGGGCAACUUCACAUAAAAGAAAGUGGUGAUGCAGUUGUCUUUUUUUCAGUUGCUUGAUGUGUUGAGAAGUGAAGACAUAUAAAGGAGACCUCAUCAGAAUUUUAUGACCACACCGUGUUGAGAGUGCCCACCAGGAAGAGUGUACACUGAUUUUUCUCAUACUGAAAACAGGUUUCAUCAUGACCCAUAUAGGCCAUAGGAAAAGGUUUCACACCACUAGUUUAUUAGGGUUAUGAGCUCCUGCGCCAGAGCUUUGGAAUUUUGAUACGCCACAGUAGUUGUAUGUUAUUUAUUUGUUUUCGCUGCAGUGAUUGUGAUCCUAUGUCUCUGAUGUAAUAUGUAUCGAGGACGGAUCCAAAUGACCACUGUUACUGUCGGUAAAAAAAUGAUCGACUUGCCUAUGUUCAAACAUGGACUUUGUACGUACAGAUACAGGGGAAAAAAGGAAUGAAUCAGUCUUUAUUUUUUAUA